AUGGAACGCACCACACCACCGGCCUGCGAUGACGUGCAGCCUGCUCGCUCUCAUGAGCCCUUCUUUGUAUCGGCCACGCUGUUGACGGGGACGAGCUAUCUCGUAGACCUCUCGCCGGCUGCAGGCCCCGACUGUCAUGGCGCAGAUACCACCGUGGGCCAGGCCAAGGUCCGCAUCGGGGCGUGCCAGGGCCUGUGGGAGAAGGGCGGCCUCGACCCCGACCAGUUCCGCCUCAUCUUCGCGGGGAAGCGACUGCAGGACAGCCGACCCCUGUCCCACUACGGCCUGCGCCACAGCGGCUCCCGACUGCAUGUGGUGGUGCACCUCAUGCGCGGCCUGUUCUUUCCCCUGGCCCCUGCCCCCAACCCAGCCAAAGACGAAGUCGGUGACUGCACCUCCAUUUUCUCCACCUCUGGGUUAUCCAAUGAGCGUGCAAGGAGGACCGACAUCUGCAGCUGGCUGCAGGACAGAGUGCACUUGUGGCGGGUGGGUAAAGACACUGACUGGGCCGAGCUCAUCAUUGAGCCCGGCGGCUCGUACGAGGGUGGUGCAUUCCUCCUGCGCGUAGCCUUCCCCCAGGUCUAUCCGUUUCGUUCGUUCCGGCUUAGGCUUAUCACGCCCCUCUACCACCCCACUGUGGGUCCGGCGGGCAUCAUGGCCGUGAUCGGCUACGAUCCGGUUGCUUCGUGGAGUCCUGCACAGUCGGUCCGCACGCCUAUCAUAGGCGACUUCAUCCAGCAGCUCCAGUCCUACUCGCUUGGUGCGGUGACGUGCGAGGUUCUCAAACGAGAGAUUGUGCAGAUGGGGGAUGUGCUAAACGAGUUGGUCACCAUCGGCGAGGAAGGCGCUCGCGCCAAGGCCCGCUUGUGGACUUGGCACUUUGCAACCGGCCACGGUCGCGCCUACAUGCGGUCCGGUCGCCGCUGCUCGGGCAUGACCCAGCUCGCGAGCCUCAUCGCACUGCGGAACGAAGUCCGCUCGGUGCUGCUUGUGGCCCACCGAUGGCAAUCGAAACGACAACAACAACAAGAUGAAGACAAGAUGGAGGCGUUCGAUGGGGAGGAAGAAGGGUGGUUGCUCGGCGCUCUGCCGCGAGAGCUGCUGCACGCCGUCUUGGUCUGCAUCGGCAGCGACCGCCGGCCACCACCGCCGGCCGCCCUCAUGUGGGAGCUGGUCAACGAAGGCGACGACGGCCUGCCAGAAGACUGGCGCUCUCGUCUCCCUGAACUCCCACCAGCACUGUAG